ACCGCCUGCUGCCGGACCGGACCGGACCGGGCGGAGCCGGGGGACAAACCCGCCCUAUCCUAGUGGGGGGUCAGGCACUGGGUUUCCCGGUGAUCCACCCGAACCGGACCAAGGCUCCCAAGCGGGGUGGGCAGAAGAGACCAUUUGCAGUUAACAGCUGAAGGCUCCCUGUCACACCCCAGAACUGGGUCGAACCGGGCCAGCCCCAGCGACAGGGAUCCUGGAGACGUCCCUUCAGAGAGCGAGCCCCAGAGGAUCACACUGAUGUGACCAGCACAAAGAGAGCCUUAGACUGUAGCAGCAGGAAAAGCCGUGUUUGGCGAGUGAUGUCCUGAAAAUGAACGGGUGCUUCGAAGGUGUUGGGCUGCGAUGCCUUUUUAAGGGCGUCAGCGUGGCUGCCCCCAAGACUCCAAAAUACCUCCUAGCCUUUGACUUUGAUGAGACGAUCAUCAACGAGAACAGCGAUGACUCGGUCAUCAGGGCCGCUCCAGGCCAGGCGCUUCCAGAGCACAUCCGCCAGACCUUCCGGGAUGGCUUCUAUAACGAGUACAUGCAGCGCGUCUUCGAGUACCUGGGAGACCAAGGGGUCAAGAUGCUGAACUACAAAACCGUCUAUGAGAACAUCCCGCUGUCUCCUGGGAUGCCGGAGCUCUUCCAGUUCCUCUCCAAGAACCAAGACCAGUUUGAGAUCAUCCUCCUCUCUGACGCCAACAUGUUUGGCAUCGAGUGCACUUUGAGAGCCGCCGGCGUCUACUCCCUCUUCCGCAAAAUCUUUAGCAACCCCUCUGGGUUUGAUAAGAGGGGCUACCUCACCUUGGGGCCCUAUCACACUCACAAGUGCCCCCAGUGCCCCGCAAACAUGUGUAAGCGCAAAAUCCUCACUGAGUACCUGAUGGAGCGGGCCCAGGAGGGAGCAGAAUUUGAGCGCAUUUUCUACGUCGGGGACGGAGCCAAUGACUUCUGCCCUUCCGUGGCUUUGACUUCGACAGAUAUUGCUUUCCCGCGGAAGGGCUACCCCAUGCACCAGAUGACCCAGGAGAUGGAGAAAAAGCAACCCAGAGCCUUCCAGGCCACCGUACUGCCCUGGGACUCGGCUGUAGAAGUUUGCUGCUAUCUGCAGGAGCUGCUCAAGAAGAAAUGCUGAGAAGGACUGAUGGGUAGGAAGAGACCCCUGCUGACCUUGAGGCAGCUUGGGGGCACUGUGGCAGGAAAGUGGGAAGUUCAGGAGCAUCUCCAUACCCAGUGGCUGAUCUGACUCCAUUUCUAGCUUUGCAGAGUUGGACUCUCUGAACUUCUGGAUUUCUUCCCCCGCCCCCUCCUUUUUUUUUUCUUUUAAAAAAGCACAUUCUCUGGGUCCCCUUUUCUCCCCUCCUCCUCCCGAUCUUGAGACAAGGUCUUCUCUAUGCAGUUUGCACACCCGUUCAGGAGAGGGGGGGUUAGUCAGAUAUGUUUAUUUUUACCUUCACCUUGAAUUCUUUUUUCAAAUGAUUCUUUUAGAAACAAAAACAAACUCGUUCUCAUGAGGCUAUGAAG